CACAAACAGCAGCUUUAUCUCAGCACACCUUUCUCAAACUCUACUCUCACCGCACAGUACCAACAUGGCUCUCGCAUCACACGUAGACCCGGAUGAGCUCAUGGCUCAGCUCCACAAGAGUCCUCACCACCAGCACGGCCGCGGAUCAAGCGCGGUCUCGCACAUCACACCAUACAGCUCGCGAUACAAUGCUCAAUCCGAGCUGUCAAAGUUCAAAAUUCCGCACGAUGGAGCUCCCGCCGACGCUGUGCAUCAGAUGCUGAAAGACGAGUUGGAUCUCGACGGCAGGCCCAACCUUAACUUGGCCUCUUUCGUGGGAACAUACAUGGAGAGGGAGGCCGAGCAGCUCAUGGUUGAGAAUCUGUCAAAGAACAUGAGUGACGCCGAUGAGUACCCAGCAAUGAUGCAAAUGCAUGCUCGUUGCGUCUCAAUCAUUGCACACAUGUGGAACGUCCAAAAAGGUGAGAAAGCCAUUGGCUCAGCCACGACCGGUUCCUCCGAAGCCAUUCACUUGGGAGGCCUAGCCAUGAAGCGACGCUGGCAAGAGAAGCGCCAGGCGGCAGGCAAGGACACCUCGAAACCCAACAUCAUCAUGGGAGCCAACGCUCAGGUUGCUCUGGAGAAGUUCGCCCGCUACUUCGAAGUAGAAGCUCGCAUCCUCCCAGUCAGCGCCAAAUCCAACUACCGCCUCGACCCAGAGCUCGUCAAGCAAAACAUCGACGAGAACACGAUUGGAAUCUUUGUCAUCUUGGGAAGCACCUACACCGGACACUACGAGCCUGUGGAGGAGAUCUCGAACAUCUUGGAUGCGUAUGAGAAAGAGACUGGAGUGGACAUCCCAAUUCACGUCGAUGCUGCUUCAGGCGGAUUCAUCGCUCCUUUCACAAACGCCAAAGCAGGCGGUCCGAAGUGGGACUUUGCUCUGCCGCGAGUGAAGUCGAUCAACGUCAGUGGACACAAGUUUGGACUGGUGUACGCUGGAGUGGGUUGGAUCAUUUGGAGGGAUGAGUCGUACCUGCCCAAGCAUCUCGUCUUCGAGCUGCACUACCUAGGUGGUACUGAGGAGUCGUACACGCUCAACUUCUCGCGUCCGGGAGCACAGAUCAUUGCGCAGUACUUCAACCUUAUCCACUUGGGCUUCACCGGCUACCGCGCCAUCAUGGAGAAUGCAUUGAGCAAUGCCCGCCUGCUCUCCAAAUCUCUCGAGUCGACCGGCUGGUACAAGUGCGUGAGCGACAUCCACCGUCCCAAGGGCCAGCACGAGUACCAAAAGGGCGUCAUCGCACCGACCAAGGAAGGCGAGACCUCGGCCGACUACAACGCCGGUCUGCCCGUCGUGGCCUUCGCCUUGACGGACGAGUUCAAGCAGAAAUACCCGCACGUCAAGCAAGUGAGCGUCAGCAACUUGCUGCGAGCGAAACAAUACAUCAUUCCCAACUACCCCCUCCCACCCAACGAAGAAAAGCUCGAAAUCCUCCGCGUCGUCGUCCGCGAAUCCAUGUCCCUCGACCUGCUCGACCGCUUGAUCACGGAUAUCUGCGAGGUGACGGAGAAUAUCAUGAACACGGACGCGGUGGAUAUGCAGGUGUACCAGCCGGCGAGCAGCAACACGACGACGGAGAAGAAGCACAGCAGUCGGGGACUGGGCGCGCAUGAGAAGCACGCGGCGAAGAGGCCGAUGAGUGAGGGUGUGCAUCGGACGGUUUGUUAGAUUGGGAGGUUGGUUUGAGGAUACUGUCGUUGCGAUAGAUUGGGUCGGGGUGGAGGAUGGAUAGCUUCUAGACUUUCUCAUGGAAGCUAUGCCCUGGUCCCUUGAUGAUGCUGGUCCGAUCGAAAGAGACCCUGCAGCGGGUCCCGAUCGCACCAAGAUCGACGCUAGAAGGAGCCCCUUCCGCAUCGUGUUAUGAAGAUCGAUCUCGUCGUCA